UUUGUUUACAGCGGAGCCUCGACCCUCCCCCACCCGGCUCAGCGGCUCCUCCUCCACCGGCUAACCCGCUAGCUGUAGCCGCUGCUGCAGGAAGAGCUGCCGCAAAUCCGUCUCCUCUGGAUUAACGUCGAGUUUAAAACCAGCCGGUGGACGGACCGUCAGUAGAAGUCGGUGACCGCCUGUCUGUGACGCUGCUGCGGCGGGUUAGCGACGGGAUGGCCAGCUAGCUGCUAGCUAACGAUCCGGUUAGCUCCAGGAGCCGGGGACAGGAGCUCAUCUCGGGCCGUUUCCCUGCGGAACAGUCGCUGAUCGACCCGCGCUCGGUUUGUAAGAGUUUCGUAUGAAUCUGUGAAUAAUGAAUCCGAGUGGAACGAGUCGGUCGCGUCCGGAAGCGAGCGUGUGUAUGUGGGUCAGCCUGUUAGCUGGAACAGCUGGUUAGCACGGAGCUAACCCGACUUCCGACGAAACAUCAACAAUUCACUGAUUUAAUCAGAGACGCGUUGAUGCUGGUUGUUGAGGCCGACUCUGGUCACCUGCAGCCGGGGCUGCCGGAGCUCAUCCGCGGGGUGGAGGUCGGGUUUGCUCCGUGUUGUGGAGACGUCGUUGACGCUCGUUAGCCGCUGAUCAAGUUAACGAGCAGCUCCGCUAACUAACCAGGAUGGAACCGGGUCAUGCUGACUGAAGGGCCGUGUUUCCUCCGAGCUUAGCCGCGCAGCAGCAGCUUGGUGCCGCCCAGACGAAGUGGAGUGUUUCGGUGGGAGCGGAGGAUGGCGUUCCACGGAGCGGGCCGCCAGGCCGUGUGCGGGGACCUGUUUCCGGGCUCCGAACUGGGCCACAAGUACUUCUGUGUGAACUCCUCCUGCGGGGCCCCGUCCACGGGCCUCAGCGCCACGCCGUGCCUGACCGGACCCACUGCCCCGGCCGGGACCCCUCGUCACCCCACAGCUCUGGGAGGAAGCGCCGGCGGCGGAGCGGCGGUGCCUCAGCCCUACAGCAACCCGGCCAGCGAGGUGCCCAGCCCCGCAGAGAUGGAGCCCGACCGCCCCAUCGGCUAUGGCGCAUUUGGUGUCGUGUGGUCGGUGACUGAUCCCCGUGACGGUCGUAAAGUGGCUCUGAAGAAGAUGCCCAACGUCUUCCAGAACCUGGUCUCCUGUAAGAGGGUCUUCAGAGAGCUGCGGAUGCUGUGCUUCUUCAAACACGACAACGUUCUGUCGGCUCUGGAUAUUUUGCAGCCUCCGCAAAUCGACUGCUUUGAGGAAAUCUACGUGAUAACAGAGCUGAUGCAGAGCGACCUCCACAAAGUGAUCGUGUCUCCUCAGCCGCUCACCACCGACCACAUCAAGGUCUUCCUCUACCAGAUCCUCCGAGGUUUGAAGUAUCUGCACUCGGCUGGCAUCCUGCACAGAGACAUCAAACCUGGCAACCUGCUGGUCAACAGCAACUGUCUGCUCAAGAUUUGUGACUUCGGGUUAGCUCGCGUGGAGGAGCCCGACCCGUCGCGUCACAUGACGCAGGAGGUGGUGACUCAGUACUACCGAGCGCCCGAGGUGCUGAUGGGCUGCCGGCACUACGGCUCGGCCAUCGACGUCUGGUCGGUCGGCUGCAUCUUCGCGGAGCUGCUGGGACGACGCAUCCUCUUCCAGGCUCAGAGCCCGAUCCAGCAGCUGGACCUGAUCACCGACCUGCUGGGGACCCCCCCUCUGUCGGCCCUGGCCUCAGCCUGUGAAGGAGCCAGAGCCCACAUCCUGAGGGGGCCGCACAAACCGCCGUCGCUGUCCGUGCUCUACAUGCUGUCGGACGGGGCCACGCACGAGGCCGUGCACCUGCUCUGUCGCAUGCUGGUCUUUGAUCCGGCUAAAAGGAUUUCCGGCAGCGACGCCCUCUCUCACCCGUACCUGGACGAGGGGCGUCUGCGCUACCACACCUGCAUGUGUCAGUGCUGCUACUCGGUUCCCAGCGGGCGAGUCUACACCCGAGACUUUGAGCCGGUCGCCGAGCGGCCGUUCAGCCACAGCUACGAGAACAGCCUGCUGUCAGUGUGGCAGGGGAAAGAGUUAAUCCACCGCUUCAUCACGGAGCACCAGCAGGGCAAACGUGUGCCGCUGUGCAUCAACCCUCAGAGCGCCGCCUUCAAGACCUUCAUCAGGUCGACAGCGUGGCACUCGUCCAAGGUGUCCAGGAAGGAGGAGAGAUGAGCGCUCCUCUUCUUCGGCUCCGGAGGCGGUGACGGCCCCCCCGCCCCUCCUUUAAAAAAAAAAGUAUUUGUUAACCUGCCGAGAUGUGGAGGAGAAAACGGCCGAACCACCUCCUGAAAAUAAUGUUUUCCCUGAAUUUGAAAACUAGUGUUGAGCUCACCGUGUUUCCGGUGCUGGAGAAGAAAAGAUUUUUAAAAAGUGCUGCUGGAACGUUCCGGAGGAAGAAGAGAGAGGAAGAGAACUGAACCUCGGAACCGUUCGUUAAGGAUCAUUAUUUGAGUUGUUGUUAGUUGAUCUUUUGUUUUUAGUUUGUUUUUCAGUCAUUCCAGCCCCGUGCAGCUCAGUUUAAAGACCACGCAGCAAACUGGUGCUCGGAGCCGAACCCACUCAUCAGGAGGACAAAGUCAGAUUUUCUUUCACUGCAUUCGAACACAUCGCUCCCUGCCCCCCCGCUCGGCGCCAUCGUGCGCUCAGCAGCAACAAUGCAAUUUAACGGAUGUAGCAGGUUCUCACCACAGCUCCAGAUUCUUCUCAUCGUUUUUCUUGCGGCUUCUUUUCCUCGAGGCGACUUUUGGUUUUGUUUUUAUUAGACACAUUGAGCAGAGAGAAAUGAGAGUUUGUUGGUGUCUCUCACUCUCUCAUAUGCACACACACACUCACACUCACACACUCACACACGUGUAGGAAACUAAUUCAUUCCCCAGUUCUUUACAACCAAGCUUUUAUUUAGAAAUUUGUGUUUUAAUUGUAUCAAACUGUGUUUCGCCAAAACUUAAAAUGUUUGGCUUUAUUUUCCUCUCGCCUCAACAUGGAUUAUGGAAUCAAGUGAACUCGCCAACACGUGAACUCGCCAACACGUGAACUCGCCAACACGUGAACUCGCCAACACGUGUCACGUGUCGCGCUGACCACCAGCUGAGAGAAAGAGGAAGUGACAACGGCAAUGAUUUAUCUUUUUGUGUGAAUUUCUUAAUUUAUUGAGUGUCUGUUGAAGAGUGUGAGUCUCCACCCGCUCGCUCUCGUUACCUCAACCUCUGGAGGACUACAAACUGAAGGCUGAGGACCCGGGGGGGGGAGGCAUUGUGCGAGUUCCCCAGCCCUUCAGCUCCUGCUUCAGUCCCUGUGGCUCCUCGGUUCCUGCAGCGGGUGUUUCCAGAAGCUGCGGUCAAACUUCAUCUGAAUUGGAUUGUUUAAAUUGAUUUAGCUGUACAUACCCUGAACCUCCAGCAGGCGGGGCUCCUGAGGCCCCCCCAGGCGUCCACGUUGGCCCCUGAAGGGCUCCAGAUGUUGAACCCUGAAACCUCAGCUCCUCCACAGGAACAUCUCUGAACACACGGAGACGACUUGUGAAUCUGCAUGUGUAUAUUUAUCGGCGGAGAGCGUUUGCUGUGCAAUGGUUGAGUUUGUCGACGGAAACGUACAUUUUGUGGUAAUUUUUAUUUAACUCAUCUUUAGGCAGUGAUUUUAUUAGAAGGUUUUUUUCUUUGUUGUGAUCUAACUAGACUUUUUUAUCGAGUCCAGAGUCGAGAACGUUGAGAUGAAGAUUUAAACGUUCGCUCACGAUGCUUCGAUGCAGAAACGUUUGAUUCACGAUAUGAUUGAAAAGUUUCAGCUGGAAGUAAAUGCGACGUUAUUUUAUUGUUUUUAAUAUUUGACUUUUUUUUAAUCUCUUGAUUUAUUUAUUUUUAACCCUCGACACUCCGCUGUAUCUUAGAUUGACACUUUCAUGUUUUUCAUAGUUCAUCUAUCGAUCCUCUCCUGCUUGGGAACAGGUCGGCAGAUGUGGUCAAUCGCAGUUUAACAAAGUCUGCAGCUCAAAAAAGGUUUAAAUCCUUAAUUCUGCUAAUAAUUAUUUUCAUCAAAAGUCUGAUAAUAUUGAGAAGCAUUAUUACAGUUACAGUUGAUGCUCAGUUUAUUACACAUUCACGAAGUUGCAGAUUAGGACCUGGUCACUUGAUGAAGAUGGUGAUGGAAACAGAAGAGAAACUAUCUGCAGACUUUUAGAUCUUUGAGAAGUAACUGAAAAUCUCAAAUCAUUUUUUUUUCCCUGACAUUUGAAAUUUGUUCAGACGUAAAGUGACGAGCGAGACGCUGACGCUCGAGUUCGUGAAUGAAAUCAUCUGGUUUAUUAACAUUUAACCAAACUUUUCUCUCUGGGCUCGUUUUCCUUAUUUUCUUCUUCUGUUGUGUUCGUAGAACCUUCAAGCGAAGGAGCAGUUUUUGAACUAGACGACCGGUUGGUCUUCCCCUGCACGCUGUUCUCAGAUCAGCUGACCAGUGCGUUCGGAGUCAGUUCGCAGACGCUGGAGACGGACAGCUGGUCAUCUGUAGAGAUUAGACUUGUUUUCUUCUAUGAAAAUAAACUUGGUGUGUUUAUUAAUAUAAAUAUGAAACUGAUGUUUUAAACAUGUUUUUUGUCUUUGUUUUAGCAAAAAGGUUUUGUUUGAUUUUUGACUUGUGUUCCCAACAAAUACUUGAAUUUCUUAAAAAAUAUGUUUAGAGUUAAAGUAGUGAAUGAUGCAUAAAUAAAUGGACACUGGAUAAUAUUCA